UCGACCAAUUUAAACGUAUUAAUAUAUUUUUAAUUCGAUAGCUUGUGUUCUUGCGCUAUGAAAGUCGAUAAGUAACUAAUAACACCAUUUAUCUGAGACUGUGUUAAAACGAUAUAAUUACUGUGYAUCAUGACAUUUGCCGAUAGUAAAAUGGAUUAGUAAUAUUGAAUUUAAAUUAUGGCAAUCGUUUUAUUGCACGUAUGGACGUUGAAGUAAUAACUUUAGUUAGGGACGCUGGGCAGAGUGUUUUUAAUUUAUGCAUAAUUUUGAUUGUUUGCCCAUUGCGUGAUGAUCAUGAUGGAAAAGAAUAAUUCAAAAGAAGACGCAAAAUCUACGUGCCUUAAAAGUACUCAACUGGUACAUUUGGAUACAGACAUCAAAAGUUUUGAAAUAGCAACUUCUAAAUAUUUGAUAACUAAACCAGUAAAUUUGGACCAAGCUAUCGGAAUUGUUGGAUUUGGAAGUUUUCAUUACUACAUAUUGUUCAUUUGCGGAUCGUUAUUCUCAGCAAUCUCCAUUAGCGUGACGUCAGUGUCCUUCAUUAUACCGUCAGCACAGUGUGAUUUUCAUUUGACAUCUGUCCACAAAGGCAUCCUAAAUGGAGCUUCGAUGAUAGGAAUGUUUUUCGGAUGUUUUAUUACGGGUUACAUGGCAGAUUCCAAAGGCAGAAGGUAUACAUUAGUCGUCUGCAUGAUGAUUGAUGGUAUCUUCAACCUCAUAUCUAGCGUGUCUCAGAUUUAUCCAAUACUAUUAUUCUGCAAGUUAAUGAGUGGAUUUGGGGUAUCUGGUGUUACAGUGUUCUAUUCAUACCUCGGAGAGUUCGUAAACGACAAAAAUCGUGAAAAAUUUCUUUGUUGGAUGGAAAUGUUCUGGACAUUUGGUGUAAUAUUACUUCCAUGCGUGGCAUGGUUAGUUAUACCACAAACAUUUAGAAUCGAAUACGGUUUCUUUUUGUUCAGAUCAUGGAAUUUAUUUGCGAUUAUUUGUUCACUCCCGAGUAUAAUAUUUUCAYUUUUAUUGGUUAAAUUGCCGGAAAGUCCAAAGUUCUUACUCAACAAGGGUAAACACGACGAGACUAUCGAUUGCUUGAAAUUCGUCUAUAGAUGGAAUAAUAAGACUGAUGGUGAAUUUCCGGUGUCUUCAUUAAUGUUACCCGAUUGUAUAAAUGAACAGAAAAAUAGCUUCUUUAGUGGACUUUACAAGAGCAUCCUGGAGCUGUUUACAUCUAAAUUCAAAGUUAGAGCUAUGAUUACAUGUGCGAUACAAUUUUGUUGCACUGCCAGCUUUUACAUGAUGGUUUUGUGGUUCCCAGAGCUGAUGAAUAGAUUUCGAUGGUAUGAAACAUUAUAUUCAGGUCCCAAAAAUAUGACAAAUAUGUGUGAAAUCGUAUCUCUGUUUAAAAUUGAACCCGAAGAGAUAGAUCUCAAAUGCAAUGAUGAAAUCGAUCAAUCUGUAUACGAGAACAUUCUCAUCAUUGGCAUUGCUUGUAUACCUACAAGUAUUAUUGUGCCGUUAUUAGUCAACAGAUUUGGAAUUAAAUUUUUUUUAGUGUUAAGUUUUUUCGGGUCAGGUCUCUCCGCUGCUUGUUUGUAUUUCAUUACGUCUUCAUUCGAGAAUAUCGUGCUAUCGUCYAUAUUUGAAGCACUUUCCAGCUUGGGUAUUGGUCUAGUAUUUUGUAUAAGCGUUGAACUAUUUCCGACAGAAUAUAGGGGCGUUGCCGUAUCUAUUGGUUCCAUGUUUGGCAAAGUAGGUGCAGUUAUUGGAAACAUCAUAGUUGGUGUAUUUAUUGAUGCACAUUGUAUGGUUCCUAUUUUAGUAUCGUGCUCUUUUUUGAUAAGUAAGCACACCAAAUUUUUAAGAAAUCGAAAAAAUCGUUAAACUAAGUGUUGAUUGUAGAUA